CCGUGUCGAUUUGUCAGCGGACGACGAACAUGGCGGACCAAGAAGAUGAUGAGUCAGACUUUGAACGACAAGGAAGUACAGAACGAGAAAGUUUGAGUACUGAAAGUAGUUACGACGAAAGCCCUUUGAGUCCAAGGAGUGAAGAUUCUGAUUGGGGUUUUGGUGCAAAUGAAAACUCAGUAUUUACAAAUGGAUUCGACCCGGAAAAACAACGCAGCGAGUUAAUAAAAAAAGCUUCGAUCGUCGACUGUCUUUUGUUUGAAAUUUACGACCAGUAUCACAGCAGAGACUCAGUGGAUAGUGACAAUGUUACUGAGUGUUCUACGACAUCGGGGAGUUUCUACGGCGGUUCUUUCGACCUCGAAGAACGCGGCGAACGGUGGACGAAAAGCGAACUUUCCGCGAAAGAUACAGAUGAGCUUCGAAUCAUGGCAAAGGAGAUGCGAACACGAAUAUCCAUGCUUUCGACAAAAUUAGUCAAACAACUUAAACGGAGGGAUAAGCACGCUUACAAACUACAAAGAAACUUUGAUGUUUUAACUGCUAUUCUUCAAGCGGUUUCGUUGAAAAGACGUGUGGAUACUAAAAUCAGGUUUUCCUUCAUCCCUCAGUCUGGAAAGAAGGCAUUUAAACAUUGGCUUGCUGCAUUCAAAGCCAUUGCCAGACUUAAAGAAGGUGUCCCAUCACAGUGGAGAAGGAGGUUAUGGUUGUGUCUUGCUGAGAGUAAAAUAAAAGAUUUGGAUUGGGAAAAGACAGCUAAAUUUUGCUUUAAUGAGAGGAGUAAUCCUGAUGAUGAUGAGCUAGGAUCACAAAUAGUAAAGGAUCUUCAUCGAACUGGCUGCAGCUGGUUUUGUGGUCAGGAUACUCCUGAGGAAAGAGCAUCACUAAAACGCGUUCUUUUAGCUUAUGCCCGACGCAACAAGGCUGUGGGUUACUGUCAAGGAUUCAAUGUCAUUGCAGCAUUAAUUCUUCAAGUAAUGGACAGAAAUGAGGAAGAUGCACUGAAGGUUAUGGUUUAUGUCAUCGACCACGUGCUUCCCACAAACUACUUUGCAAAUAACCUGCGGGCACUUUCUGUCGACAUGGCUGUCUUGCGUGACCUAAUGAGGGAGAAGCUAGAGAGGCUAUCAAAACACCUGGAUAGCUUACAAGCACAAGCCUUGUCACAGAAUGGUUCCAAUGCCAUGUACGAGCCUCCUUUAAUUAAUGUUUUCACCAUGCAGUGGUUUCUGACACUGUUUGCCACUUGUUUGCCUGAGGAGACUGUUUUGCGUGUGUGGGACUCCAUCUUGUUAGAGGGCUCAGAGGUGCUUCUUAGAGUUGCUGUUGCUAUUUGGGGUAAACUUGGAGAGCGCCUUGAACACGUGGAAACUUCUGAUGAUUUUUACAGCACAAUGGGGGUACUAAUACAUGAUGUGCUGACUGGAAAUGUCAUUGAUUGUCAAACGUUAAUGCAGGAGGUGUACGCCUUGGCUCCGUUUCCCUUACCAGGGUUAGCAGAACUUCGAGAGCAGUACACGUACAAUAUCAACCCGUUUUCAGACGCUACCGGCGAUCGAGGUCAGCGAUCAGCACUAGGACGCGGUUCUAGCGAUGAAGAAGACGACGUCGAUGACUUGGAAGGGAUCGGUUGCUUAGGAGCUCUGUUGCCGUUCUCGGAAUUUUCCCCUGGAAAUAGCACUAAAGCGCUAGGUGCCGGUGGCGAGGAUUUGAAUGACAUUGCAGCUGCUAGUCCGGGCGUGUUUGCUACUGAUGGUUACUCUCCCCUACCAUAUACCACGAAGCAGUUUGGUUCAAGAGGACGCCGUGUUCAUCAGGAGAUGACCUUCUUACAGAAGCAGUAUGCAAGGAUGAGGCAGAUGCAGCAGAAUGCUGUAGUGGUGUUUUCAGAGGCCACAGUACAGAACAUACAGGAAUCUGAAAAGCGCAAGAGCAUUCCUGCUGCUAUUAAUCAUCUGUUUGUAUCAGCAACUAAGAAAAAGACUAAGACUGCUCGAAGUCAUUUCGGAGUCAAGAAGGAGAACGAAACGAAUGCUAGUGAACGGUUAUCAGUAGGAGAUGUGGUCAGUUCUAAGACUGAGACCAAAGUGGAAGUGAAACCAAACGCUUAUGAGAAGGAAAGCAUGCAGCAUUUGAAUGAGUUAUUCAAAGGUGAUCAGAAGGAAAAGAAAGAAACCAAACAGCCUUCAGAAGAGGAAAAGGCUCCAGAGGCGAGUGAAAAACACGUUAAAACUGAUAGGACAAAGGAGAUUUCUAUGAAGAAAAUUCCAGAAGAGAAGAAAGAACAAAUUUCUGAGGAGAAACCGGCCAAAAAUGUUAAGCGAAUUACUCCAAACACGCGUAAAAUUCAACAUGUUGGAUUAAAUGGUGAAGUAUCGUCGUUAGAAACUGACAAACCAACGCAAAAUAAACCGCUUCUGUCUGGUUUGAAUGCCAGUCGUAAAUCCACAAAAGUUACGGUGGUUGAAUCUUCAUCAUUAAAAGUAACUGCGGCGAACAAUGAUAAGCCAAAACCCGUGAGGGUAGUGGACAAAAACAGCCCUGCUGUUCUUGACGCAGGCGCAGUAUCGUUCGGUGGCACGGGACGAGUAUACACCCGCUCGUAUCACGGGUCUGGUUAUAACUCCAAUAACAGUUCUUGGCUGUUGGAGGAAGACAAGAGGUGCAAGUAUCCCGAGAACUUCAGACCUUUCCCUCAACGAAACAAGCAGCCGAGUAGAAGCAGGAUUCUCUACGGAAACAUGUCGGAAAAGGGCGCUAAGCGAAUGGACGCGUUUCAAGGGAGGAAGGAUACUCGGCAGGGAUUUAACAACGGACUUGCUGUUAAUAGUGCUUCGGAUAGCAAACGAAGUUAGCCGUUAAACUCUCUUUUUACAACGGUAUUCAAGAAACUACUGGUGUGCCGCGUGAGUAGACCGGAUUACAGGUACUAAGGAGACUGCCUUAUUUAUAAAGUGUCAAAAACGAUGUGUUGAGUGGAAAAUUUUGAGAAUAGCAGUGGCUGGGAACAGACCCUUAUAUAAAACUACCGUUUAAUUUUAAUUAAAACCCCCUUAUUUAAAUCUUCUUUGUUACUGAUAAGGUUGGACAGCAAACCGGACCUUUUUUUAUGACAGUAUGAAAGUCUCAGUCAUCGUGCGAAAAUGAUCUUCCCGUUUGGCUCACAUAAAUCUCAGUCUUAAGAGCAAUAUGGCUGACCAAAAGUUUAUAAUAAUUAUAACUUAAUCAUUGAAUAAAAAUAAGAAUUAUAUAACAUAAUAUAAUAAACUGUAACUGUAUUUUUUGAAAAAGUACAUUUUUGAAAGGGAAAUACGUAAUGGAAAGUAUUCAAAGUUUUGAUACCAGGCGUAACUGUUAUAACCUUUAUACUCCUAGAAGUGAUCGGUACCUGUAUUCUCCAGUAACAAGCAGCCGGGCAAAGAGAAUUUAGAAACUGAUCAACUAGGGGUUUUGUUUUGUUUGUGUGUAACUCCAAAUUCUCCUGACUAGCCAACAUAAUUUGUAUUGUUAUGAGUUCACUUUCAGAUAUUGAAAGUUAACAUUUUAUUAUGGAUCUUCUCAAAUAUGUAAUUGUCUGGCGUCAAAUAAUAUUUAUAGAUUUUGAGUUACCGUAGCUAAGGGUAGAAUAAUUACCAUCUUGCAUCAAUGGGAACUGUAAAAUAUUCAAAUUCAUUGUAAGAUGAGUAUAUUUUUAAAGGUGUAGAACGGUUCCGUUCCCUGGUUACUAAAUCUUUAUAAAGUGUAUAGAAAGUGUAAGGCUCUAAUUUAAUGGAUAUUUAAGAGAAUUCCAGGCCUUUUAAAGAAGGUGCUAAUAUUUAACGAUAAGAUAGCGAAUUACGCAUUGGUCAUAGAUACGUUAGUCUUACUUGCAUACAAAACAUAUAUAACAUGCUCUGUUGCAGAAUUUCA